AGAACUUCUGCCUGCCCAGAGGAAAAAAUAUUACUUAAGAUUGUCUCAGAGAAAUAAAGCGGAUCUCAGUAUUGUUUUAAUGAUCACUGAUUUCUGAAAACCACCCUUAGCAGAAAAGAGGAGAUUAACAUCAGCACUUCUCUGUAAGAAGUUCUGGUGGUGAAUGAGAAAAGCAUGAGUUCUCCUUCUGCACUGACAGGCUGCUGAAAGAGAUCUGUGAUAUAGAAUAGAGCUCUAUAAGAAAAUUAUGAUUGUAUGAUAAUUAUUACUUAUUUAUCUUAAGUUUUUCUUAUGGAAAUAUUAUUCAGCUAAGACCAGGGUGAGAUUAGUCAGAUAUAAACGAGUUAAUCCGUAUAUGAGACAAUAUUUAGAUCACAGUGAGAAAAUCUGAGGGUUAUUUUUUAGGAGCCAAAUUUCAGAGACAUGAGAAUAUGGCUUUACAUCUAACUCUGAUUUCAAACAGGACUUAAUCAUUUAUAGAAGUACACGAGAUGUUGAUGAAUAUUUAUUUCCUCUGGGUGCACACAUGACAACAGUAUUGUGGGACGGAUAUUACAGCAAACAACCUUCCACCUGAAACCUACAGGACAAACAGACUUAUACCUAAUUAGUGAUUUGCUGCUACCUGCCCGUAUAAUGCUUCAGUGUUGGCUGUGGAUAAAGUGAACAUGAUGGCAGCCCAGCCUGUGUCAUUAGACAAGUACCAGGAGGGAGUGCAGCAGAUGCAGGGAAUGGAGCAGACCGAUGGUGAUCCAGAGAAGAGUUUUGUAGACUCGAGAAUCUGCAGCCCUGCUCUUGCUAAGCCUCAGACUCCAAUGGACACAGACAAAGCCUCCAUAUACAGGCAUCCCCUCUUUCCUCUCCUGGCACUGCUGUUUGAGAAGUGUGAGCAGUCUACUCAGGGUCCGGAGUGUGUGUCAUCAGCAAGCUUUGAUGUCGAUAUAGAGAAUUUUGUUCGCAGCCAGGAGAAGGACAGCAAGACUUUCUUUAGCGAAGACCCUGAGCUGGACAACCUGAUGGUAAAGGCCAUUCAGGUGCUGCGGAUUCACCUGCUGGAGCUGGAGAAGGUGAGUGACCUGUGUAAGGACUUCUGCAGCCGCUACAUCUCCUGCCUCAAGUCUAAGAUGAACAGCGAGACUCUGCUGAGUGGAGAGCCGGGCAGUCCAUAUUCUAACAUACAGAUGCAGACACCUAACUUCUCCAGCACAAUGAGUCCCCAGGGCAUUGUGGUCCCUGCCUCAGCUCUACAACACGGCAGCGUUACCGUGACAACAGGAAAUACGCAACAGGUGCUAGCAGGUCCUCCAGGUGGGACAGUUUAUCAGCCGGUCACUGUACUCACACCAGAAGGUCAUGUGGUGACACAGGGACUCUCACCGAGCACUUUACGCUUUCAGAACUCCCAGCAGCUACAGCUGCAGCUGAAUCAGGAUUUGAGUUUCUUCACCGCUGAUGACAGCUCACCUAAAAACAAGCGCGGUGUUCUCCCCAAACAUGCCACCAACGUCAUGCGCUCCUGGCUCUUCCAGCACAUCGGGCACCCAUAUCCUACGGAAGAGGAGAAGAAACAGAUUGCUUCUCAAACCAAUCUGACUUUACUCCAGGUCAACAACUGGUUUAUUAACGCACGGAGGCGGAUCCUGCAGCCCAUGCUGGACGCCAGCUCUGCAGAGACACCGAAAACCAAGAAGAAGACUCCACAGAACCGCCCCCUUCAACGCUUCUGGCCUGACACCAUCGCCUCCUCCGUAUCCCAGCAACAGCUCACCAUGGCAGAUGGUACCAUGGUUACGGUGGGGAUGAGCAUAGAUGGCUUCCAGACUCUUUCGGCAGACGGAGCGAUCCUCGCCGUGCAGCAAGUCAUGAUGGAUGAUCAGAGUGAGGAAGAAACAAAUGACAGUGGAGACGAGGACGACACACACCUGUCCUCGGCUAAUAUGACCGCUCUGGGCCUGGAUCCCAGCGACUGAGACACACACACACGUAAACUUGCACACAGAGACUUGCACAAAUAUUCAAGCCAUUAAGUUAACCAGCACUACAAAGAAAAAAUACUAAAAGGAGGUUCUCAGUAAACAUCCCGUAAAGUACUGUACAUAGACGUUUAUUCUCCCAACACACAGUUUACAAAGAGCACAACCUUACAGACAGGUGUGUAAAGUGGACAGACUCUUUUUAUUGCGUAGACGUGUAGAUGAGUGCACUUUUUUGUAUGAACUCCAAAACAGCAGGCAAAAAAAA